CCUUCUUCUUUCUUGAAGUUUCUUUCAUCAAUGGCAACAAUGGUAGCAGUAAUGGCAACAAUAUCUUCAGCCUCACUAAAAGUUGGUUUCUACGAAGACUCAUGCCCUGGUGCUGAAAAGAUAGUACGUGAAACAGUCCUGAUAUCAGUGCUCCAAAACCCUGGUUUUGCAGCAGGACUCAUCCGUCUUCAUUUCCAUGAUUGCUUUGUCCGGGGUUGUGACGGAUCAGUGCUCUUAGACUCAACGCCGGGGAAUCCGGCGGAGAAGGAGUCACCGGUGAACAACCCCAGUCUCCGAGGUUUCCACAUCAUCGACGCAAUCAAAUCCUCUCUUGAAUGUUACUGCCCUUCAACCGUCUCCUGCGCCGACAUCCUCGCCUUCGCCGCCCGUGACUCCAUCUUCUUCUCCUCCGGCGUCUUCUACCACGUCCCUUCCGGCCGCCGUGACGGCAACAUCUCUAUCUCCUCCGAAGUCCUCCUCAACAACCCUUUCCCUACCUUCACCGCCGACCAACUCCGUGAUAACUUCGCCAGAAAAAACCUUUCUCUUGAUGAAAUGGUCACUCUCUCCGGCGCUCAUUCAAUUGGCAGGUCUCACUGUUCAAGCUUCACAAACCGUCUCUAUAACUUCACUGAUCCAUCACUUGAUCCUUCUUUUGCUCAGUAUCUUAAGGCUAAGUGCCCACCGGAGACGGCCAACAUCAGUGAUCCAACCACGGUGGUUAUGGACACAUUCUCGCCGGACGUUCUUGAUAACAGUUACUACAAGAACUUGUUAAAGCACAAGGGUUUGUUCACGUCGGAUCAGACUUUGAAAGAUAGUGAGUUGACGGAGGAGUUGGUUGUGGCUAAUGCUGUGAAUGGGUUGGCUUGGUUGGAUAAGUUUGUGGAUGCUAUGUUGCAUAUGGGUUAUAUCGAUGUGCUUACUGGAAAUCAAGGUGAGAUUAGAGAGUCAUGCAGGGUUGUUAAUCCAGUUCAAACUCUUGCUGUUUCAUAGAGACUUGUUAUAAUUAAGUACUGUUAAGUAUUUC